UUCUCCUUGGAGUUGUGUUCAUCAUAUUGGUCUUAGUUCAGAACUAAUGUUAAUCUAUCCACUCAGUCAUUAUCUCUCAUGACUAAAAGGAUGAAACUGCUUUACAAAGAUCUAUGCCAGAAUUUUAACACUCUUCCGGUUGAUCUUCCUUCUCAACUUUGAUGUUUUCAUAUUGCUCUUGUUCAUACCCACUGCAAACUUACCAGUCGCUACAAGCUCUUCAAAGAUCAAAUUCUGGCCCAAAAGCGUAACAGUCUCAUGAGUUCGUCACCGUUGAGCUCGUAACAAGCAUAAACACAUCCAAGAUGAACACGAUGAAUCACCGACGGUUGAGCGCAGAAUCUUCCAACAUCAAAGUCGUGUCCAAAUCCAAAAGGAAGGUGAAGACGAAGCUUUUUGAAGACUCACCGACCAAAAGUAGGAUAUCUCCAGAAAAAAAAGAGUGCUCUACCGGGGAACCUGAAUCUGAUGACACAAUUAAUUUCGGGGAAAGCGAUCAAGAAGGCAACUUGUUCCAAAACGCGUCAGAUGACAGUUUCUACAAUUUGGGCGGUGAAUCUGACUUUCUGGGCGGUCGUUAUUUCCAUAAAUUUUACGAAGACCAGGAUGGUAUGAUAUCUCCAAUCAACGAACUUCUUCAGUCAAACUCGCUGACAGACAAAGAAAGCAGCGAAUUCAUAUCUCCAAACUCGAUGGGUAUGGAAGAUGACUUUCAGUCCACACCGAUGAACUUAGCGACAUAUUCGACGUUCUUCACUGACAGCGAGAGGAUUCCUUCAUCAGUUUACGGCAUGGAGUCAGCAGAUGACAUUUUCCUUGAAGAUAUUGUACUUCCUGAAAGCCAUGAAAGUAUGGAAUCGAUAGAAAAAUACUUCCUCGGAGAUAUUGGAUUUCCUGAAACCCAAAAAAUCAUAGAAUCAGAAGAAGAAAUAUCUUUUGAAGGCAUUUUACUUUCUGAACCCGAGCAAAGCAUGGGAUCAGAGAAAGAAGAAUCUCUUGAAGAGAUUCUACUUCCAGAACCCGAGCAUUCAGAGACCAUUCAAACGGUUACAAAGAAACGAACCAGAAGGAAACUUGACAAAGUUCCUCCAGAAAUAAAUGGGAAACUUGGAGGUGUAAAAUCGAAAGUGAAACAAGAUAGAACCCGAGGUCUUCGACAUAUCAGUCUGUCAGUGACCAAAAAGUUGGAAACAAGCGGACAAACGACUUAUGAUGAGGUGGCAGACGAGGUUGUAGCUGACCUCAUUGCUUCUGAAGAUCAGCGUUUUCCUCACAAGCUAUCUGUCCUCAGUAAAAAUAUCAGGAGGCGGGUUUACGAUACGCUAAAUGUUCUCAAUGCUAUAGGAAUAAUAUGCAAGAAAAAACAAGAUGUUAAAUGGCUGGGUCAAAGGAAUGGCGAAGCCACUGAGACAGUGGAGAUGAAAAGAAAAAAGCUAUUGGACCUGAAGAAGAGCUUGGAGAUGAAAAGAGCCUACUUGCAAGAGCUCGAAACAAAGAAAUCAAGACUGGAGAAUUUGGUCGAUCGCAAUCAGAUCACAUAUUUUUCUUCUGGUCAAAUGCCAGAAAAAUACAUAACAUUACCGUUUUUUCUUAUAGAGAAUCCAGAAGGAUCAGAGGUGAAGUGUGGAUUCAUUGCAGAGGAGGAUCUAUGGACUUUGUAUGUCUAUCAUGACAAAAGCACUCCACUUCCUGUACACGACGAUGGAUGCGUCUUAAAAGCACUGGAAGAUUCCACCGCUAUGGCCACGAAUGUAACUACAGAUCUGGAUAUCUAUAAUAGCCUGUCGCAAGAUGAAGGCAGCAGCAGUUUCAGCUGGAUGGAUGAGAUUUUAAAUUAUGCCUCAGACGAAAAUCACGAAUGGAAUGAACCUCUAGCUGAUAUCUCGCUCGAUGAAGACGAUUUGGAGUUAGAUUAUUUAAUUGAACAAUGAAGUGAAAAGCCACAUAUCAUAGAUAAAUUGUAUCUUAUAUUUAGAUGUGAAUAAAUAGCGAUCAAUGAUGUACUGUAAUUAUGAAUAUCCUCAUUCAUGUACGAAGGUUUAUUUACUAUUCAUAACAUCAGUUUCAAGUGCGCAUAGUUACACAUCAAACGAAUUAUGGGCAAAAUACGCAGCAAAAAGUCAUCAAAUUCUGCGUUUCCAAACGAGCAGAGUACUUAUUAAGAGGACAUCAAAGUUAUUACUUUAUAUUUUGUAAUAAAAUUAUCUCUUUU